AUGAGCGCUUCAGCCUUCUGGGCUAACAAGACAGACUCAGUCAAGUUAACCAACAGCACCUCACCUAUCCUUACUGAGCUGCCGCCAAAGCGCACCGCCACAUCGACAAAGAUGAAGAAGGGCCUUGUACUCAAGCCCAUGAAUAAUGGCGCUGUCCAGCCACCUUCCGCUGCUACAAACGGCAAGUUGUCUUGGGCUGAUACCGAGGACGAUGACAACCUUCCUGCUCUGCCUGGACUUCGCAAAGACCGCGCCAUCGCCACACUCGAGGCUGCUGUAUCGCAGAAGGAUGCGCGUAUUGGAGAUCUCGAAGCGUAUGGAGGUACGACAGCGCUACGUAUCGAGCAGCUCGAAGCUUCUAGUACCGAAAAGGACGCGCUCCUCUCAAGCCUGGACGCGGUUGUCGAGAACCACCUGGCCCGUACUUCCGAGCUCGAGUAUGUCGUCAAGGAGAAGAACGCUCGCAUCUUCGACCUGGAGGAAGAAAACAAGCUGCAGUCCUCACAUGUGCAACGGCUGGUUGCUCAAGUCGACGAGAAGAACUGUCGCAUCGCAAUACUCGAGAAGGAGCUUGAUACCAAGGCUGCUAUCAUUCGAGAGCUCAAGACCACGUCGGAUGCCCUUCUGCCAGCGUCGGUCAGCAAGGCAGAGAUACCAAAAUUCAAGGCAGAACUCGAGCUGGCGCCCAUUGAUACCUGUGAACAAUCUGAGAAGCUUGAGCAGUCGGGCCCUGAAUCUGAUUUUGAGGUCAAUCAAAUUCCUGUCCUGUGUGAGAUUGAAGGAGCUUCAACUCCGGUCAACAGUUCUGUCACAAGCCCAGUAAUUGAUGCUUCUGAUAAAGCCAAAAUUGCUAAUGGUCCAACUUUCACCAAUACCGAAUUUCCUGUUUUUGUAACCGAGGAGACGCUUAAAGCCGUUCCUCCUGCUCCAGCGCCAAAAAAGCUCACCUUUCCCAUCAACUGGGCCAAAUACAGCCAGAAAGCUGUCCAGACUGCUAUGUCUCCUGCAGAAAAGAAGUUGCAGUUAAAACAGCACGGCAAGGAUGACAUGAGUCCUCCAACGGGACUGGCUGCAAAGAUGAAGCGCGACCCUAGUGCCGGAGCUCCUGGGUUCAACCCAUCACUGGACAUUCGUCAGUUGCCUCUCGCAAAACGCAUGGCUUAUGGGAACGGUCCAGAGGUCGCCAUCAAAAUGGGCAACGUCAAGCUCGGCUCGCUCCCCAAGUUCAUGCUUAUGCAGUGUUCUGGCAAGGCGCACAAGCACUUCAGUGCCCAUCCGGAUGCCACUAGCUUUGUACUUCCUGCAAACUCCAUGGCUAUUGAGGCUGCCAAGCUACACAUGAAAUGGAUGGAUGAGAUGACAUACCAGGGCCGCGUCUAUUCCGUCACCCUCAAUGCAGGUGCAAAACACGACCUUAAGAAUCUACAGAUCUGCCGUGCUGCUCGUAUUCUCGGUCUGAACAACACCUAUAUUGGUCACUUCACCAAGCAGCUGUGCGACCGCAUUCGCAACAACGACGCUACAGUCGAGCUCAUGGACCUGAUUUGCACCCUUUCUAUUCCAGAGAAUGAUCCCGUCUUCGACUGUUUAGCCAACAACUUGGCCACUCGGCGUGCGCGCAAGGCCGCUGAGUUCGACGUGGAUGCGGUUGCUAAACUCGAGGCCAAACACCCUGCGCUGGCCAAGAAGCUUGCAACUAUUUCUGCGUGCCUGACUGGCAGAGCUAAGCAAGGGAGAUCUCGCGGAAGUAGUACUCGUGCCUCUAGCUCUGAUAGUCGAUACUUGGUAUUCAACUAG